AUGUAUCGCCACAACGACAACAUCAACCGGAUCCUCUCGGGUGACUAUAACAUCAAUAGCAAGGAGCGCAAGGUUUACAUAGUACACCGCACUCUGGGGGGCGCAGUUGGCGGAUGGGCAGGCAAAAUCUGGCGUGCCAUCUUCGCGGGACCGGGUGAAUGGCCAUUUCUCGACAACGACGUCGUCCCCGAUCUUACUCAUCACUGGGCCGUCCGGGUUGGCGACUGGUACCAUCAGCUUCAAGUGAAGGGCGGCUGGAACUUCUACGAGAAUGACAAGUAUGACGCCUUCCUGGGCGCAUGGGAUCAAUACGAAGUGGGCGUAACACGGUACAACGACGCGGCCAUCGUGUCGGCUGCUGUCCAGGCCAUGAAUGAGAUGCCAGAGUCUUACCACCUCCUCAACAACAACUGCCAGACUUAUGUCCUACGGUUGCUCGACAAGAUCUGCCGGAACGGAAGCAAGAAGGUGCGGCUGAGCUGGUUACCAUUCAGGCCCCAGAUCGCCUUCGUUCCUGGUCAGGAGCUGGGCCGAUAUGAUGCCGGGGUGGAGCCUGAAGUCGAGAUAGCCUAUGUUCUGGACGGCGCUGCCCACAUGGAGCAGCUGCAGAGUGCCUUUGACAUUAUGGAGAAGCAUACGCCGAUGCUCAACCAGCAAGAGUUUGAGCAGGUGAUUCAGCAAGCACAGGCUGAGACGCAAGCUGAGAAACGAUGA